AUGAAGUUCUCGGUCGGCUUGCCGCUCAUCUUCUCCAUGGCGGCCUUCGCCCUCGCCCUGGUGGCCCUGCUCGCAGGCAAGGAACCGGGCACGUUGGAAGAGUACCACAUCGUGCUCUUCAACACAUCCACCCUCGGCCAUGACUUCAUCACAAACAUGGUCAGCGGCGAUGAUGAUGAUGCCUCGUCGACGUCGGCUACAGCCACGCCCACGCCCACGUCCACGGAUGAUGGUGGUGGUAUCGGUGGUUUCUUUAGUUCUGUCAAGGCCUCUGCAACUGCCAUUGCCGGCUCCCUCGAGAGCGAGGCCGCCAGCAUACUGGAUGACAUCGGCAACGACGUCGCCGACAAGCUGGCCGACGAGCUUGGGAUCGAGCAGUUCUACAGCCUCCACGUCAUGAACAUGUGCGAGGGCAACUAUGCGCCGAAUGCCACCGCCAGCAACGCCUGGCAGAACAUCACCAACUGCACCACUCCCAUGGACUUUUCGUACAUGAACAUUUCUGCGAUGCUGGACAAGGAACUCUCCGUCGGGCCAUUCAACAUAAGCCUGUCCGACCUUGGCAUCACAGAUGAACUCCAGGACAAGCUAGAUGACCUGCCCAAAUUGUUCCAGGCCCUUGCCAUCAUGUACAUCCUUGGCGUCGCAUUCUCUGGACUUGCCGUACUCGGGGCGGCUGCUGCCCUGUUUAUCAUCCCCUCGGGAGGUCGGAGAAUUCCUCUUGCGAACUUUCUCAUCGCGGCUCUGGCAAUGCUGUUCCUCCUGGUUGGCAGCCUGUUGACGACCGUCGGCGUGAAGAAGGCCAAGGAGGAGAUCCAGAAGAGGGGUGGCGAUGAAAUAGGCCUUGAAGUGCAAAUUGGCAACAAAUUCGAGGCCCUCACCUGGGCUGCCUUUGCGCUCAUGACCCUUGCCACCUUCAACUGGGUUUAUGAGACCGUCGCAGCCCACCGACGGCGCAGCACGGGAGCCGGCCGCUAUAGGCGUAGGGGCGCCAAGGACGAAAAGUAUUCCAUGGACUCGCACCGCAACGGGGGCCGCCACUUGAAGGGUUAG